AUGGCCGGGGGAGCUUUUGUGGCGCAAGGUUCUGGGAGGAAAUAUGAGGGUGGGGUCACAUGCUUUGUUAUCAUCACCUGUUUGGUGGCUGCCAUGGGUGGUCUCAUUUUCGGUUAUGACAUUGGUAUCUCAGGUGGUGUUACUUCUAUGGACUCGUUUCUAAAACGAUUCUUCCCAUCUGUGUACAACAAAGAGCAUGAAACUCGUGAUGAUGACAAUAUGUACUGCAAAUUUGAUAGCCAUUUGUUGACAUUGUUCACAUCUUCCCUCUACCUUGCGGCUUUGGUAGCUUCCUUCUUUUCAUCUACAGUGACAAGAUUAUUCGGCCGUAAAAUCUCAAUGUUGUUUGGAGGCCUGGUUUUCCUUGUUGGUGCCAUUUUUAAUGGUGCUGCGACCAAUAUAGCAAUGCUUAUCAUUGGUCGUUUGUUGCUUGGUGUUGGUGUUGGCUUUGCUAAUCAGUCUGUUCCAAUUUAUCUAUCUGAAAUGGCACCAGCCCAAAUUAGAGGAGCACUUAACAUUGGUUUCCAAAUGGCCAUUACAAUUGGUAUCCUGGCUGCAAAUCUCAUUAACUACGGAACAGCCCAAAUCAAGGAGGGAUAUGGCUGGAGAAUUUCUUUGGGUCUUGCGGCUGUCCCUGCUUUGAUGAUCACUAUUGGAUCGUUCUUCCUUCCAGACACUCCCAAUUCUAUACUUGAGAGAGGCCACCCCGAGCAGGCAAAGAGAAUGUUGCAAAAGAUUCGUGGCACAGACAACGUUGAAGUAGAAUUCCAAGACCUUGUGGACGCAACCGAGGCUGCAAAGAAAGUGGAACACCCAUGGAAAAACAUCUUGCAGCCAAAAUACAGGCCUCAACUUGUCAUUUGCAUAAUGAUCCCAUUCUUCCAGCAACUCACUGGAAUUAAUGUCAUCAUGUUUUAUGCACCUGUUCUCUUUAAGACCUUGGGUUUCGGCGAUGAUGCUUCGCUUAUGUCUGCAGUUAUUACAGGCUUAGUAAACCUUGUCUGUACACUUGUUUCCGUCUACUCAGCUGAUAGGUUCGGGAGAAGAAUUUUGUUCCUAGAAGGAGGGGUUCAAAUGAUUAUUAGCCAGAUACUUGUUGGAAUCCUGAUAGCCAUCAACUUUGGAACACGAGGUGUAGGAGAAUUGUCAAAGGGAUCGACCAACUUAGUGUUGUUCUUCAUCUGUGCUUAUGUUGCAGCAUUUGCCUGGUCUUGGGGUCCAUUGGGAUGGCUGGUGCCUAGUGAAAUCUGCCCUCUUGAGAUCAGAUCAGCAGGGCAAGCCAUCAAUGUCUCAGUUAACAUGUUCUUCACUUUCUUGAUUGGCCAGUUCUUCCUAAGCAUGCUUUGCCACAUGAAGUUUGGUCUCUUCUUGUUCUUUGCUGGCUUUGUUGUUCUCAUGACCAUCUGCGUUUUCUUCUUCUUGCCCGAGACAAAGAAUGUCCCAAUUGAAGAAAUGAACAGAGUGUGGAAGGCACAUUGGUUCUGGGGCAAGUAUAUCCCUGAUGAUGCUGUCAUUGGAAGCCAAACAUAUACUGCGUGAAAUGACCAUCACGAGAACAAUUGUCCUGCAUGUACAUUUGCACAAAGAGAUACAGCACGCAUGCUUUAC